UGUGUUUUUCAAAGUGACUCCAAGUCAUUGGCUGCGUAUUCAUCUGUUACUCAUAUAAGUUUUGGUUCACAAAUUGAAAAAAUUAAUUCGGGUUAUUAUUUACUUUUUUAUGCUACCCACGUUGAAGCGCCCACCACAGCAAGAAUGUUGUUAGCAGGGUGUGUUUUUCAAAGUGACUCCAAGUCAUUGGCUGCGUAUUCAUCUGUUACUCAUAUAAGUUUUUUGUUGUUGUCUUUAAGAAUGUUAAUAUUAAGGGGAAAAUUAAGUGGCCUAAUGAUAAUGUUGGCUCACGGCUAUACGUCAACGUUAAUAUUCUAUAUAAUUGGGGAAUUUUAUCAUGCCAGAUCAAGUCGAAUAAUUUAUUUUUUAAAUAGUUUUUUGAGCUCUAGAAUAUUAUUUGGUAUUUUAUUUUCUUUGGUAUUUUUAUCCAACAGCGGUGUACCCCCUUCAUUGUCUUUUUUAUCGGAAUUUAUUAUUAUUAUAUGGGGUGUGGUACUAGAUGAACUAACGUUAGGUCACCCGGGUAGAAGUGUUGAUUUGGCUAUUUUUAGUUUGCAUUGUGCGGGUUUAAGUUCAAUUUUGGGUGGUAUUAAUUUUAUGUGUACCACCAAGAAUUUGCGUAGGGGAAAUCCUUUAAUUUAUCAGCAUUUGUUUUGGUUUUUCGGUCAUCCUGAGGUGUAUAUUUUAAUUUUACCUGCUUUUGGUAUCAUUAGUCAAUCUUCGUUGUAUUUAACUGGAAAAAAAGAGGUGUUUGGUUCAUUGGGU